CGUCCCGAACUGCGGGGCAGAGAUUGUGUCCUGAGCGCUUCAUUUAGGCUCAUUUAAGUGUAACUUUGGGGUGACCCGGCAACAGCCCGUGGCUUUUCUCUACGUGCGUAUGCAUGAGCUGCUUGUGGAGCUGCUCCCGGGCGCCGGGUUCUCGCUUGGCUGUGAGUUAUAGCAAGGAGUGUCCAAGUAGCAGCGAAGCGCUCCUUUGGGUUAAUGGUAAGCUUAAUUGGAAUUCUUAAAAGGCAAGAAAUAUUUGUCAGAGUUUGGGCCAGCCCAUCUCGGGGGUGUCUGCCUGGGGUGCAGUUCUCUUGCCGAAUGCAGCAGCUCCUUAAUCUGCCUGGGACGAGCGAGUGCUGCAGCCCAUCCCGAGGCAUGAAUUAAUGGCCCUUCUGCAGGUGGUGCACGUCUCAUUACUCCAGACUUAGUCGUCCCUGCCGCUGGCAGAGUUGGUAUUGAUCAGAGAAGCUAUUAAAAGCUUUUUAGCUCAAUUUACACUUGAAACGAGUUAAUGAAAUACAUUUUGAGGGCUAGUUUUUCCUUCCCUCUCAGCAGCACGCUGAAACGAAGGUGAAGUUGCAGCUAAUUGGGCAAUUACUCAGUAGUUUCAGAUGUUCCAGAAAAGAAAGCAGACCUCACAAAAAGGAGAGCCGGGCUGCCUGUCGUCCCUCAGCGGUCGGAGCUCUGUGCUGUGCCUGCUCCCAAGCACCAUGCGGCUUUCUGAGGGCAGAGAGGCUGCAGCUCCGCUGACAUGAACCAGAAUUGCUGGUCUUCAUUUCUUCCUGGCUCCGUGCCUCGCUGCUCCGGCUGCAGGAGCUUGAAUCUUUCCUCUUGAUCGUAGUCGUUUCAUGUGCAGCUUUGGAAGUGUUUGAAUUUCCAUUGCUCUCUGCCUCAGCCGCUCAUCAGAAGCUUCAAUUUGCUCCCUGUGUGUGUGGGAGCCGUGGCAGUAAACGGGCAGGGUUUAACUGAAAACCGGUGCUGUAGUGACUCAUAACCCACUCCUGCUCCUACCUUUCGGGAGCUCAGCGUGGAAAUCUGGCGCUUUAUCCCGUCGUCCCCGUUGGGCUCUGCGGGCUUUCUGAACCGCUCCGGAGCUGCCUGGUUUCUGGGGGUCUCGGUGCCUUAGAGGGAGAGGUGCUGGGCGAUCCAGGGGCUGAUCCUGCAGCUGCUCUGAUAAUAGAGGAUCCCAUUGAGACGAGGAGCAGCUGUUGAGUCUCUCAAAGGGCUUCUGUUGAAAGGAAGAGCUCGAGCAGGGGGGUGCCAGGAAGUAGGGCUGCGAGUAGUUUGAAAGGACUUGACUUGCUGCUUAGAAAUGAAGAUACGGGGAUGCCUGGUGAUGAAGCCGCUGCGUGGUGUUGGUGUCGUUGUGUUUUAAUCCCUUCUCUUAAAGGCGACGGGGCUUUAGGUGGCGAGGCAGCCAGCGUUCCCUGUGCUGCUGCUGGGGAGAAGACGUGCCGGCCCCGGCAGCCCCGCGUGCGGCGCACCUCCUCGCUGGACACCAUCGUGGGCUCCUACCUGCUGGGACAGUGGCCGCGGGAUGCCGAAGGAGCUUCGGCUUCGUGCAUGAAUGACAAAGCUACCCAGGACUCUACCACAAGUGUCCAGCGCAGUCAAUGUCGUGAUUGUUCUCAGCAAUGUUUCUCCUCGCUUCAGACUCCGGUGUCCUGGCAUGACGCGGAAGUGGGGAAAGCCAGCUCCAGUUCUCACAAGCGUUCUGCUUCUUGGGGUAGCACAGAUCACCGCAGAGAGAUUGCCAAACUGAAGCAACAGCUCCAGCGAACAAAGCUAAAUGGCAGAAGUGGCAAAGAAAAGGAGAAGAGCUCCCCGCUCCAGGGGGACCAUGCUGUCCUCGGAUCGCUCAGGGACUCUCCUUCAGGCUUCCUUUCUUCAUCUGCUAUUCUGAGGCUCAGCCCCUGCUUGCAUAGGAGCCUGGAAGGGCUAAACCAGGAACUGGAGGAAGUGUUUGUGAAGGAACAGGGAGAUGAAGAGCUUUUGAGGAUUUUGGAUGUCCCAGACGGCCACAGGGCACCGGCGCCUGCCCGGAGAGGCUCUGGAGAUGCAGCCCUGACUCUGGAGCCCAGCAGCGGCAGCUGCAGCAGCCUCUCGCUUUCUCCUUCCCCUUCCGUGCCUCUCCGCCUUUCUCCGCACACCCCGGGGAGGCUGGCGGCAGAAGAGCUCGCUGCUGCGGAUGAGGUGCAGCCAGAUCCAAAGGAGAAAGAGGAGGGCAGCCCGUCUCCGGUCCUGGCCUUUGCUUCUUCUCCUCGGCCCAACCACAGCUACAUGUUUAAACGGGAACCUCCCGAGGGAUGCGAGAAAGUCCGUGCCUUUGAAGAAGCCUCCUCCCCCGGCCCCGAGCAGAGCUUCCAGCCUUCCUGCCCGGAUAAGAACAAAGUGCACUUCAACCCCACCGGCUCUGCCUUCUGCCCCGUCAGCCUGGUGAAGCCUCUCUUCCCCAACGUGGGCUUCCUCUUCAGGGGCUUCCCGGCGUCUUCCAGCCCUGGCGCGGGCCCGUUUGCAUCCUGCCAGCCCACGGCCCCCUCCCCGUUCCUCGGGGUGCGGAAGGACGCUGCGGUCGACGGCUUCAGCGACGUCUCCAAGUCGCCCGCGCUGAAUUACGAACACUGGAAGCGCGGCCAGCCGGAGGAGAGCGUCGUCUUCCACAGCUCCCUGGUGGUGUGAAGCCCAGGGGAAGGUAAGCCAGCGGCAGCAGCUCCGGCUCCUCCGUGCGUCUCGGCCAGCCCGUGGAGACAAAGUGCCUUGAAGGUGGGACUUGAGAGCCACGAGGCAGCCCCGGGAUUGAGAAACCACAGCGGGCUUCCUCCGAGGACGGUAGGAACUGCGAAGUACCGCGUGCCACGGGCCUCCUCGCUGCGAGAGGGGCUCGUUUCUCCAAGCCUCCCCCGUUCGAAGCACUUUCCUGCGUUGAAUUGUCGUCGUUUCCUGCGUGAUUGUUCCGCUGGUGAAGAGCAGCGCCCAGCAGAGGCAGAGCCGGGCUCCCCGGGCUCUGAACGCAGCCGAGCCGGGGAGGAUUCAGGUGAAGCCUCCCGGCACUUCUCCCCCCCCCCCUGCGGGUGGCUGCCACCUGCUGAACCCUGCGGAGGGGGAAGGGGGGAGAAGGGGCUCGGAGGGUGGCUGCCCCCGGACGCGGGAAGCAGGAGUCGAUGCUCACCUGCGCGAGUAAAUCGGCUCCUCGCGUGGUGCAGGGAGCGCUGGAGAGCGGCGCAUCCCUGCCCCUGCCUCCCUGGGUACCUUUACCCUGCGAACCAAGCCUGAAGGGGUAAAGGAAAGAAGCUUUAAGGAGCCUCGAGGAAAAACUGUGCCGAAAGGGGAGGGCGCAGGUGCCUGAACGCUGCCUCCCGGCGGGUCUGUGCUGGGGAAAAUUGCCUUACGGGGGGGAAGGGGACGCGCUGCUGCCCUGGGGUUGUGUCCCCCGGCCCUCCUGCGGGGGGGCAGAGGUGUUUGUGGGGUCUUGGCGCUGCGGGAGGAGGGGAUGGAAGCGAGAACCAGCAGUGUCGGGGGGGGGGGGCACAAACCCUUGCUGCUCGCCAGCCACGGGCCCGGAUGGGGUCAGGACCCCCCCACCCCAUGGGGACCCCGCUCCCGGAGCCUCAGCAGCGCGAGGGCGGGGGGUGUGGGGGUGCCGGCAGCGAGGCCGCCCCUCCCGUGCCCGUUCCUGGUUCCUCCCGCAGCCGGCGCUGUUCUGACUCUUUCCGGCUCCUUCCGCGGCCGUUUGUGUUUCGUGCUGGGAGCCCCGAGGAGGAGCCUGGCGGCGGUGGGCGCUGGCUGCGGGUCGGGUUUGCGUUGCGGACGCCGGCGCUGCCGGUUCUAAAAGGAGAAAAAAAUAAAUAAAAAUAAAGGAUUUCGGGCA